AUGGUGAAUGACAUCAAAACAGUUAACCCCAUAAACCAGUUAGUUAAGUUCGCGGAUGACAUGACAUUAGAAGUACCAGGAAUGAAAACGGAGAUACAUCCCAAGCCGAAGUGGACAGUAUACAAACAUGGUCUGAAAAUAACUCGAAUGUCCUUAAAUAUGGAAAAGACGUAUGAAAUGAUUGUUAGGAGAAAUAUCCCUACGCUGUUGCCUGAUCCUUUUCCAUUUAUUAAACGAAGGACGUGGUUAAAGAUUUUAGGAAUUACAUUACAGGAUCUCCCUUCCAAGUGGGAUUUGCAUUUUGAUGAAAUGUUGAAAAAAGCCAGUGCAAGAAUGUAUAUAAUGCGUGUCUGUAAAUACUAUGGCUUCCCAAUCAAACAACUGGACAUGCUGUUUAACACUUUAAUUAUGCCUAUAAUCACUUACGGCAUAGAACUUUGGGGAGGCGCAUACUUCAAUAAAUACAUUAGUCAAAUAGACAAAUUCAUCAAUCGCGCUCACAGAAAUGGUUACAUAUCGGGAAAAUUGAAUAUUAAGGAGAUAAGCAUCAAAAGGGACAAGAAACUUUGGGAUAAAGUAAUACAUAAUAAAGAUAAUGCACUACAGGAGCUUUUACCAGAUAAAUUAAAUAGACAUCUUAGGCCAAGGGGACACGAGUUUGAACUUCCAUUA